AUCCCAAAUUAUUUAAAACCCAUUUUACUCAGAUUCCAAGAUAUUCAAUUCCACCAUCUUCUGCAUCAUCUUUCCUUCAUCUUUCUUUCUGGGUAUGUCUUGUUCACUCGGUUUAACCCAUUUCAAUGGCUUCAAUCCCUCCGGCGUCUCUUUUCCGGCGUCUCGCCGUCGUUUCAAUGGCGGAACAAGACUUGGUGGUGCUUUGAAGAUCUUUGCUUCUUCAGACACCAAACAACAAGAACCUGAUCUUAGCGUCACCGUCAAUGGCUUGCAUAUGCCCAAUCCUUUCGUUAUCGGGUCGGGUCCACCCGGUACCAACUAUAAAGUCAUGAAGAAAGCUUUUGAUGAAGGAUGGGGUGCAGUCAUAGCCAAAACAGUGUCACUAGAUGCUGCAAAAGUUAUCAACGUAACCCCUAGAUACGCUCGACUACGAGCAGGAGCAAAUGGCUCAGCCAAGGGGCAGAUUAUCGGGUGGCAGAAUAUUGAACUUAUAAGCGAUCGGCCUUUAGAGAUAAUGUUGGACGAAUUUAAACGAUUGAAAGAAGAGUAUCCUGACAGGAUACUAAUUGCGUCCAUCAUGGAGGAGUACAACAAAGCCGCAUGGGAGGAGCUUAUUGACCGAGUGGAGCAAACAGGGAUUGAUGCUAUUGAAGUCAAUUUCUCUUGUCCCCACGGUAUGCCCGAAAGAAAGAUGGGUGCCGCAGUUGGACAAGAUUGUGAUCUAUUGGAAGAGGUAUGUGGUUGGAUCAAUGCAAAAGCCACGGUUCCCGUUUGGGCCAAAAUGACUCCAAAUAUCACGGAUAUCACUCAGCCCGCUAGAGUGGCUCUGAAAUCUGGAUGUGAAGGUGUAGCUGCGAUUAACACGAUCAUGAGUGUUAUGGGGAUUAAUUUGAAGACAUUACAUCCGGAGCCAUGUGUCGAGGGAUAUUCGACUCCCGGAGGCUAUUCUUCGAAGGCGGUCCAUCCGAUUGCUCUUGGAAAAGUAAUGAGCAUUGCACAAAUGAUGAAAUCGGAGUUUCAAGAUGGAGACUAUUCGCUUUCCGGGAUUGGAGGUGUCGAGACGGGCGGUGAUGCUGCUGAAUUCAUUCUUCUCGGGGCAAAUAGCGUUCAGGUCUGCACGGGCGUGAUGAUGUACGGGUACGAUCUCGUAUCAAAACUCUGUUCCGAGCUCAAGGACUUCAUGAGAACUCACAACUUCUCGACCAUAGAAGAAUUCAGAGGCACAUCGCUUCAGUAUUUCACGACGCACACGGAACUCGUGAGAAUACAACAAGAAGCGAUCCGCGAACGACGGGCCAUCAAGAAAGGGUUGCAAUCCGAUAAAGAUUGGACUGGAGAUGGAUUUGUGAAAGAAAGCGAAAGCAUGGUUUCAAAUUGAUCAAAAGAUUGAAGGAUUUAUAAGAAAAAAGUUGUUAAUUAUCGCGUAAAUUGAAUAUUUUAAGUGUUUUACGUUCAGGAAAGAUUUCGUGUAAAUUACGUAUUCAGCGGUUAUAAAUAAAUUGAUUGUU